AUGAAUGCAAGACUGCCUUGUUUAUUAUUCAUAAACCUCUAUCAGAUAAAGUUGGGCCUUGAGGUGACAAUGGAGGACCCCGAAAAAGUUGCCAGCUCCAGCUCCAGCCCAGGAACAAGAUCAGCAUCACCAUCACCCAGCACAGUCCGAAAACCUCCAAAUACUCACACCUCAGGCUUCCUUCUCCCAAAAUGGCACAAACUCAUAAUUCUCUUCGUCGUCUCCUGGAUGACGCUCGCCGUCACAUUCUCCAGCACCUCCCUGCUACCGGCAACGCCCGAAAUCGCGCUCGAAUUCAACACAACGACUGAAAUACUCAACAUAACAAAUGCAGGUGUGCUCCUCGCAAUGGGGCUCUCGACGCUUUUCUGGGGCCCACUCACCAUCUUAAUCGGUCGCCGGCUAAGCUACAAUAUUGCAGUGGCUGUCCUGGUCCUCUGUAGUGGGCUCACGGCAGGGAGUCGGAGUAUGGGCAUGUUCACGGCUUGCAGGAUUCUGGGCGGGUUCACGGGGACCAGCUUUAUGGUUUCGGGGCAGACAGUGCUGGCGGAUAUCUUCGAGCCCGAAAUACGAGGGACUGCAGUAGGAUUCUUCAUGCUGGGCACUGUGACUGGGCCUGCGAUUGGCCCCUGCAUUGGCGGCAUAAUCGUCACCUUUGCCAGCUGGCGAAAUAUCUACUGGCUGCAAACCGCCAUGGCCGGACUCGGGCUCGUCUUGUCGUUGAUAUUCGUACCGGAAGUGCAGCAGGAUAUCUCCAGCUCUGACACACAGAAGCAAAAGGAAAAGGAGAAGAUCACUCUCCGAUACGCAUUGAAAGUCUUCAACCCAGUCCGUGUGUUUAGGCUUUGGCUGUAUCCGAAUCUGCUUUUCUCGUUUCUGACCUGCGGCCUCCUAGCAACAUAUCUCUACGCCCUUCUUUCCUCCGCCCGCACAAUAUUCAACCCGCGCUUCAAUCUAACUUCCGCUCUAGUGUCCGGACUUUUCUAUCUAGCCCCGGGUUCCGGGUUUCUGGUCGGUAGCGUUCUCGGCGGCCGGCUCUCGGACUUGACAGUGCGAAAAUACAUCGCACGACGGGGAUUCAGACUCCCCCAAGACCGUCUGAACAGCGGACUCAUCAUGCUCAGCCUUGUCCUUCCCGGCGCGACUCUGGUUUACGCGUGGACGCUUGAUCAGGAAGUUGGUGGAAUGGCGAUGCCGAUUAUUGCUGGGUUUGUUGGGGGUGUAGGCCUAAUGGGGAGCUUUAACGGGUUAAAUACUUAUGCGGCUGAAGCCCUCCCUUCUCACCGGGCGGAGGUCAUUGCGGGCAAGUAUAUCAUUCAGUAUAUUUUCUCUGCAGGGGCGAGCGCGCUUGUUGUUCCGUUGGUUGACAAGAUCGGGGUGGGUUGGACGUUCACAAUUUCUGCGUUUUUCACCCUCACUGGGGCAGUGCUGGUUUUGCUUAUUGCGCGGUGGGGGAUUGAUAUGCAGCGGUGGGUGGAGAGGAGGGUUCUUCUUCCAGAGAAAUCGUGA